CCGGCCGUUUCGUGGCGGGAACUUAGGCGACCGUUCUGACUGCAGCAUCUCUGUCACCGUGUCAGGCCGCUCGGGGCUCUCUGAACCUGAUAUUUUCAGAUUGGAAAACGGAGCUAAAACUUCGAUACUGCCUCGCCCUUUCACCGUCCCAGAAGCCCCAGGAACGAGCCGGCGGCGUCCUCGCUCCGGAGACGGGCUGAAAGGCCUAGGCAGAGCCCGGGAACACGCGCGGGGAGCCGGGGAUCACAGGGUGAAGUAACCAUGCAGGCAUUUCUAAAAGGCACAUCUAUCAGCACUAAACCACCAUUGCCCAAGGAUCGAGGGACAGCUGCCACUGCCGGAAGCAGUGGUGAGAACAAGAAAGCCAAACCUGUUCCAUGGGUGGAAAAAUAUCGCCCAAAAUGUGUGGAUGAAGUUGCUUUCCAGGAAGAAGUGGUUGCAGUACUGAAAAAGUCUUUAGAAGGAGCUGAUCUUCCUAAUCUCUUGUUCUACGGACCACCUGGAACUGGAAAAACAUCCACUAUUUUGGCAGCAGCUAGGGAACUCUUUGGGCAUGAACUUUUUCGAUUAAGAGUUCUUGAGUUAAAUGCAUCUGAUGAACGUGGAAUACAAGUAAUUAGAGAGAAAGUGAAGAAUUUUGCUCAAUUAACUGUUUCAGGAAGUCGUUCAGAUGGGAAGCCAUGUCCUCCUUUUAAAAUUGUGAUUCUGGAUGAAGCAGAUUCUAUGACCUCAGCUGCUCAGGCAGCUUUAAGACGUACCAUGGAGAAAGAGUCUAAAACCACCCGAUUCUGUCUCAUCUGUAACUAUGUCAGUCGAAUUAUUGAACCCCUGACCUCUAGAUGUUCUAAAUUCCGCUUCAAACCUCUGUCAGAUAAAAUUCAACAGCAGCGAUUACUAGACAUUGCUGAUAAAGAACAUGUCAAAAUUAGCAGUGAGGGAGUGUCUUGUCUUGUUAAAGUAUCAGAAGGAGACCUGAGAAAGGCCAUUACAUUUCUUCAAAGUGCUACUCGAUUAACAGGUGGGAAGGAGGUCACAGAGAAAGUGAUCACAGACAUUGCUGGGAUGAUACCAGCUGAGACAAUUGAUGGAGUAUUUGCUGCUUGUCAGAAUGGCUCUUUUGACAAACUAGAAGCUGUAGUAAAGGACUUAAUAAAUGAAGGUCAUGCAGCAACUCAGCUUGUAAAUCAAUUUCAUGAUGUAGUUGUAGAAAACGACGACCUUUCUGAUAAACAAAAGUCCAUUAUUACAGAAAAACUUGCUGAAGUAGAUAAAUGCUUAGCAGAUGGUGCUGAUGAACAUCUGCAAUUGAUUAGCCUUUGUGCUACUGUGAUGCAGCAGUUAACUCAGAAUUGUUAAAACCAUGUUAAUGUUUUGUUUUGUUUGAAAUAAAUAAAAAAAAAAGGCCC